AUGGAAUAUGUUGAUGAGAUGGCUAGCAGAUUGUGGUUCUAUGGUGUAGUGGUUAGCACUCUGGACUUUGAAUCCAGCGACCUGGGUUCGACUCCCGGUGGGGUGUUGAAGUACAAUAUCUUGUUGGAGUAUGCUCCUAUGGGCUCUCUUCUAAACCUGAUAAAGGAUUGCGGGGGUAGGAUUCUUGAGAGCCAUGUUAGGCAAUACACGAAGAUGCUACUGAAGGGGUUAUCUUGCAUCCACAAUAGCGGUCACGUGCAUUGUGAUCUUAAGCCCGCCAACAUUCUGGUUUUUCCUCGUCAAGUUGAUGGAUUAAGUGAUAUUCAGCUUAAGAUUGCUGAUUUUGGGCUGGCUAAAGAGCCUGGAGAGGAUGAUUCGGAUAAGCUGUUUCAUAUGUAUCAAUACCGUGGGACGCCGUGCUACAUGUCUCCUGAAUCUGUACAAUUUGCUGAGAUCACACCGGCUUUGGAUAUAUGGUCUCUUGGUUGCAUUGUUGUUGAGAUGAUCACUGGACGGGUUGCUUGGGGAAACUUGGAUUCGAGAGAGUUGUUCAAUAAGCUUGUCUAUGGGAAUGAAUCUCCAAAGAUUCCUGAAUACAUGUCAGAGAGUGGAAAAGAUUUCCUGAGGAGGUGCUUUGAGUUAGAUCAUAGGGAGGGGUGGACUGCCGAUACUCUCCUGACUCAUCCUUUCGUUGACGACGCGCCACUGCAGCCGGUGGAGACGAACACUGAAGAAUUGUUAAGCUCCUGCUUUGCGUGUGCUGUCAAUUCAGUAUUAUGUGAAAAUUAG